CAACUCACGUGUUUUCUCAUCUGAUUCUGACAUGUCAGUGUAGACUAAUGAACGUAAAGAUAUGUGAUUGACGUAUCCUGCCUACUAGCUUUCUAUAUGGAGGACGAAGACCGGGCGACAAUGCUCGCCAGUGUGGAGGGAACUAUCUUGAUCCGUCUAUACUCUUUGUACUCACCUGUCGCUAGGAUACUUUGCCCUCCUCUGCUGCCCAGCGGGUCACGCCAUUGGCGGAUGAGUGAUGGGGGAAGUGCGGCUCCGCUGGAAGUUGGUUACCUUACAACCGUAAAACUCUUUCGGCCAAGUUAAAGGGAAAAUAAAUCGCCACCCUUGGCAUAUGUAAGUUGAAGCGUUUGUGGAAAAGUUAACUUUCUUCCGGUGUGUUCAGGAGUCGUGUCUGCCGUCAUGGAGUUCGCUGAGGAGUCGUCGCCCGCCCUGGCUUUCGAGAAGGACGCGUUUGAGCUCACGGUUGAAGAUGUUUAUGACAUUUCCUACGUAAUCGGACGGGACUUGUUAAAAAUAAGCAGCACGGGAGAAGAAGUGUCGGAUCUGCAGUUCAGAAUAGUCCGCGUUCUGGAAAUGUUCGAGGCGCUGGUCAACAAAUACAACUUGUCUGUGGAGGAGCUGAAAAUGGAGCGGGACAACUUGAAGCGUGAAGUGGACAGGCUGGUCACGGAGAGGUCCUCGGGCCCGGCCACGCAGACGGCGGGACCGAACCAGCUGCUCGUGGACCUCACGGACCCCAAUAGACCGCGCUUCACCAUGCAGGAGCUGAAGGAGGUUCUGCAGGAGAGGAACCAGCUGAAGGCUCAGCUCAUGGUGGUUCAGGAGGAACUGCAGCUGUUCAAGAGUGGGAUUCUGCCUCAGGCUGAACCCGUCAUGGUGGACGUGGAUCUGGACACACCAGCAGCUACGGAGAACAGUCCUCCCAUAGUAAACGAUGCAAAAGAGGAGAGGACGACCAUAGGGAAGCUGUUUUCAUUCAGGCGAAAAUAAACAUUGAACAAGAACAGAACGUAACUGGACAAACUGGAUUUGUCAGCACAAUUUUAUCAUCGGUUGACCAAUUAAUUUUUUACAGCUUGUUUUUUGUACUUGUAUUAUUAAUUUAGAAUGGUUUAUAGCAAUGUAUGAGUCUCAAGGAAUCCUAUGCUAACAAAUGAACCUGGAAAGUAUUAUGUAACUAGUGUUUGAGAUUAUGUAGAAUGCAUUGACUCAAAAUUAAUUUUUGUAUAAAAGGCAGUGAUCAAGUCUUUAUGUUGGACCAGUAAAGCACUGGUAGCCCAUGGGUUAAUGCACAUGCUGUAGGAUGUCAUUUGCUAGAUGUUUAUCUUAAAGCUCACCACUGUCCUUCUAUCUUGGAUCCAAGCCAUUAAUCAUGCUACAGCUGGAAUAGAAAAGCAACUGUUUUAUUCCUCAAUGUACAGCACAGAUAAUUAUUUACAGUCUUGACAUUUUCAUUAUAAAAUGAAAACCCCCAUGAAAAAGGUAAAACACUAGUUAUCUGGAUAAAUACUUGCACCCAUUUGCUACAAUUGCAUAAGAAAAAUAUAAAAGCCUGAUUAAAACCACCUCUGCAAAAAUACUUUCAGCUGAAGCUUUAGUCUCAAUUUAAAACAAAAUAGCUUAUUAAUUUAAAAAAAUAAAAUUAAGCAUGUGGACAACUGUGGUAUUUCACGUAACGCUGUCAAAGCAGCGUUAACUAAUGCAUCUAAAAGGUAAACGGUUUUAGUCAAGCAUUCAGUAUUUGAGCCAAGGAUGAGCUAAGAUCGAGUCUUUACUUCGAUCACCGUAGUCAUACAGCAGCUCCUCUUUUGCUUUUAUGUCCCUGGAAGUCACCAAGAUCAGAUGAGGAACUCCAUCGAUGGCGUGAAGUUUAGUCUGACAGUUGCCCGUUUUACUGUGGUUGAGGAGUCUUCCAAGACGACCGGUCUCCCUUGUAGCGUCUACACUAUAAUACAUGAACAAAAAAAACAAACAAAAAAACUGUCAACUAGGAUAACCAAACAAUAAUUAUUAAGCAAUUAUAAAGCAUUAAUGUUUUCUAAAACCUCAUCAUGACCUCAACAGUCUAAGCUCAAAAACAAACAAAAAACAAAACCUAUGUUGUAUUGAAUAGAAAAUUUAACUAUUAUAUUUUAUACUCAAAGAAAAAUGUGACUUGCAAGACUGACUUGACUUACCAGUAUGUUUUACAUUGAUACUGGAAGUAAUACAUGUAACAGCCUGUCUGGGGAUCCCGAGCGUACUGGGCCUCUCUUCUCUUAGCCUCAGCCAGCUCCAGUAGGUCUCCAUGGUACUCCACGACAAACUCGCCCUUUUUGAAGUCCCUGGUAGCAAAUAUGCCUCUUCCCUUUCCUUCUAUCUGUUGGAUCUAUGAAUGUUCAAAAGAAGCAAGUAAGUUUCUUUUGUAAGUAACACGUAAUAACUGCAUAUUUAAAUCAAGUAAUCAUUAUGCACUAUAUGAUUGAGUCAGUAAAUAUUACCUCCAUUCCUUCUUCAAUGCCAUUUUUUAUCAGGUCAUCAAUGUGUUUGUGUUCUUCAAUCUGUUAACAAUACAAAUUUAAUGAGCAAGAAAACUCAAAAAAAGGUUAAAAAAAAAAAACAUUU